AUUUCAUCUUUCGCCUUCUUCAAUUGAUAAACCUAACAUUAACAACUACGGUCGACGAUUACGCAGAAUUGCGAUUUCAAUUUUUCUCCGAUCGAUCGCAUACGAAAAUACAAUCGAUACGCCGUAUAAUUGAAGACUUGAUCAUUACAAAUCUUCAUUCGAUAAGAACGCGAAACGAGUAGUAUCUCUUUUCGAGCUAUCGCGAUAAUCAAUUCUUACCUUCCGACCUACCAAUCUACCUACCUUCAUCAAACAAAAACACCACAAAUCAUCCAAAAUGGCUAACUUCCUAGCCUCCAUCUUCGGCACGGAGCAAGACAAAGUAAACUGCUCCUUCUACUACAAAAUCGGCGCAUGCCGCCACGGCGACCGGUGCAGUAGGAAGCACGUCAAGCCGUCGUACUCACAAACCAUCCUGCUCCCCUCGAUGUACCAAAACCCAGCGCACGACGCGCGGGCGCGGCUCACGCCCGAGCAGUGCGCGAACCAUUUCGACGCCUUCUACGAAGAUCUCUGGUGCGAGUUGUGCAAAUACGGGGAAUUGGAAGAACUCGUCGUCUGCGACAACACGAACGACCACCUAGUCGGAAACGUAUACGCGAGAUUUAAGUACGAGGAUUCCGCACAGGCGGCUUGCGAUGCGUUGAAUUCACGGUGGUAUGCGGGCAGACCGGUGUAUUGCGAACUCAGCCCCGUGACGGAUUUCCGGGAGGCGUGUUGUCGGUUGAAUAGUGGGGAGGGUUGUGUUAGGGGUGGUUUUUGUAAUUUUAUUCAUCGCAAGAAUCCUACGCCGGAAUUGGAACGCGAUUUGACGCUGAGUACGAAGAAGUGGCUUAAGAUGAGAGGGCGCGAUGAGAAGAGUGUUAGUCGGAGCCCGAGUCCGGAGCCUACGCGUAAGCGGUACUAGAUCGCAAUGGGGGGGGAAUGGGAAUAUACGAUGCGUGAUGAUGCAUGGUUGGGACAUACUUUGGGGAAGAAAAUAAGCUUCUUCUGGCGAGCUCGACGCCGGAGCUUGUUUUCCAUUAUGAGAUGUCUGGCAGCCACGAGGACGAGAAAGGGCGAAAAGGGACAGACACGAGGUAGCAGAAGAGGAAAGGACGCAGAAUUGUUGACUGCGUCACCGACCAGCAGAAUACGUGAUACCCUCACAUUUGUUCGCUCUGCCGGUUUUACAUUGCAUUACUAUUAGGAAUUAGGGAAAGGCAGAAAAGGCACGGAGUAAAUGGAUCAAUCAAUAUGCUCUCACAAAAAUUUGCUUCCGAUCUGGGUCAAUAUUGUGGCAUUGUGAUACUAUGAUCUAUCCAUGCAACGUACGAUUACACCAAAAAGGGAUAAGUAUCAAAUCACCCCGUUCCCUCAUAACAAACCAACGAUUAGAGUAGAGUAGAGCGAAACUAGUAAAUCCGUAUUAAAAGUUGGUAUCCCAUUUGCAUUUGCAUUCCAUUCCUAUGUCUAUUUAAUGUCCCCAAUGAUCAUCUUAUCUUGUCUCGUCUUGUCUCUUUCUAUCUAGACACGACAAACAAACAAACCGACAACCCAAUUCUUCAGUCCCAAC